AUGCUAUUCUUAAGUUGCGAUCUGGCUCAUGCAAACAUUGAGAAAGAAGUCUUCUCUUCAAAUGUUGACGAGGUCCCAGGGUCCAUUUAUCGUGAAGUUGGCGAGUGGAACAUGCUGACCUUAACACCUCCAUACACUAUCCAACGUUAUGAAAGGGUAACGCCUUUUCGAAAUCUCGAGGAAUUUUCUAACGCGCUGACAGGGGAGAAGGAGAAUUGGUAUAUUCUCGAUGGCUUGGAAGAGGGGAAUACAUACGAGGCAAGAGUAUCCUACUCUGCCACGUCGCCGACAACUUUUGUACUUGAAAUAAUGGGAGUCGAAGACGCGGCAAGGACAUUGAGAAAGAGUCCACAGGAUCACGAACCGACUUCCGAGUCGAGAGUUUCCACUACCAAAAAACUAAUCCGCGUGAGAGCGAUCCACGCCGGCGUGUCAAUUAUUCCCGGCAGAGAUAUCCAACCGGUCGCGUACAACAUCGUUCUGGAGACGCUGACGUACGGUAUCCCGCACGUAGCAUUUAAAUUGAUACUUUUCCUGGGUGUCACUAUGGGAGUGGCAUAUUUCAUAUUUGUGCCGAAGAUAUAUAAAGCUUUGCGUAAAGUUGCGGAGGGAAUGGAAAGAGAGAAAAAGGAAUGA